AUGGAUUACGAUCACUAUGGGCAGAGCUCCCAGCAGCCCAAGCAAAGGCGCAAGAGAGUGGGAAAGAGGCGACAACAUAAUAAGCCCCCCAUACCUGCUCGUUUGACCUUGGAUCCCCAGCUUCGUGGAAACGUUGGUGUCUUAUCAGAGGGUAUUGCGAAUGACCUGUUCUGUCAACAGUCCCUCCUCGAUGCUGCGACCGGGGACGGAGUGCUUUAUGUUGCUGUUUCCCCGCACAUGCCCACUUAUACCUCCGUCGAGGACUCGGCCUGGACGAUUCUGCCUGUUCGCAUCCAACCAGCAAGAUCGCAGGCCCCAACAUCUCAGCCGACCAUACUUUUCCCCGAAUCGGCCGAUUCGCUACAGUCUUUCCUUCUGGCACUUGGGAAGCUUGAUUCCGCACGUCAAUCGCUGCAGACACACCGGAGUGUAGAUAUUCGGAUUCUGGAUGUUGCCCCAUUGCAUCUGGAUACGGUAUUUGUUACUGUAGAGCGGAAUUUGCUCCGAAACCAUGACGAUGUUCAAAAUAAGUUUGGUGGUGGUUUCCAGAAUUCUGGACCCAACGGAGUGUGGCCAAAGACUGGGAAGGGACCGGAGAGUAGGCGAUAUUCCAAGAGAGAGGCGGCUGAUAUCGAGCAACGAUUGACCGCAGCUGUGCGGGAGGCGUUGGCGACGCAGCGCAUUGUUCAUACCGGGGAUGUAUUACCUCUCCCUCUGCCACCACAUCCUAUCACUUAUGCCCCUGCUCCUCCGGCUCGUAUCUCCUUUUGCGAGCCAGUGUCGCAAGGCCUUUUGAUGCCCGCGACCAAAGUUGUCCUUGUUCAGGCCCGCUCACAGGGAACUCGCACUAAGCAGAUAAUGCCCACGAGAUCGGCCCUGUUAAGACAGGUCGCCGAAGACGAAGCUGAUGAUACUUCCAAUGAACAGUUUUAUUCUGCCGCCGAGGACAAGAUUGGGGAGAGUGCGACAGAUAUGGAGACCACAUCUGCCGCCGAAGACUCGGAGACAGAAGGUUCUGCUGGAUCCCUAAGUGAUUCAUCCGAUGACUCUUUGGAAGAUAUGAUAUCUCUAUCGGCCCCGGAACUGCCACAGCCACCAUCAGGUGUGAUGUCUUCUAUGACAUCUGCGACUCCUCGCGCAGGUGGACGCCGGGCUGAUGGAAUCCAUACUCCCGGGUCGGUUGCUUCUAAUUUCACCUCAGCGACUAUGCGUCCUGGUCGUGGCGGUGGAAAGGUUUUCAAGGUCGAGGGACUCCUUCAGCAAGUUCCGAAUGAAGUCUUGCAUCCACGCCCUCGCGAUGACGAAGAUAUUGACUCUUUUGUGUUCGUUGAUAUCAACACACUAGCCAAGAUUGGUUGCUUCUCUGGAGACUGGGUGCGUAUUGAAGCCGCAGAAGAGCCUCAGCUAAAUAUGUUUGCUUCGCUCAAGUUUGGAAGCUUCAACGAAUCUCCCGAGGAUUCUGGUGACUGGCGACCAGUCAAGGUAUUUGGUCUACCGGGACUUCCGUCAUCAAAGCCCCGUUAUGCCAUCAACCACUCAGGGGAUCGCCGAUCAAGCUUCUCACAGCGCCUCCAGACACGUUUGACUCCUUCAAUCUUUGUGCCACCUUUGCUGCUGGGUAACAUUGAUAACCCUAAGUAUUUACGCAUUUCUCCCAUGACAUUCCCUACCCUUAUUGCGAAGCCUGGUCUUCUACACCACAUGAAGAACAGUGCAGCAAAGAACCCACCUUUGGCGAAGGAGGUUACUCUCCUUAAAGUUUCAACUCCACUUUCCAUGGACCGGGUGCUGCAGCCGGCUCUCUUUGCUGGACUUAAACAGUACUUUGAAUCACGUCGUCGAAUUUUGAAGAGCGGUGACUUGGUUGGCAUUAGUGUCGAUGAAGGGCUAGGCAGAGCUGUAUUUUCUGGAAUGGCUGGAAGCGACGCAGCGAACCAGGAGGAUGAUAUCACCUCCCGGCUAGGCCAGGGCUCCAACUCUGACAACUCUGCUGCUCGCAAGGUUGGCGUUGCUUGGUUCCGGGUUGGGCAAGUUGCACCAACUGCGGUGGAAGAAUUUGAAGAGGCCGAUGAGGACCAAUGGGGUGGCGUCGCGGUCAUUGACCCGUCGAGUACCCGAAUGGUUCAAGCUGGCAGCGACGUCAGUCGGAUCCCCGGCACUCUGGGCAAUGGAUGGGAAUACUGGCUUGGGGUCAAGAACAUUCCGAGAUCUGUGGACGAGGCUCCAGCAUCCCACGGAAUUGUCACGGAACCUCCUCAGACAUUUAUUCCUCCCUUGCAACAAAGAAUCCGUGACUUGAUGUCUGCAGCCACAAGCCCACGUGCCAUUCAAUUGGGCAUGAAGCCCGUGAUUAUUCUUCUGACUUCACAACAGCGACAUAUCGGUAAGGCGACAAUUGCGACGCGGGCAUGCGCAGACAUUGGACUUCAUACUUUCCCUAUUGAUUCCUAUGAUAUUCUCACUGAAGGUGGUGCCAACGGUGGCGAUGUGAAGACAGAGGCGUAUCUCAAAGCGCGUGCAGAACGGGCUUUCCACUGCGGAUCAAAUUGCACCGCCUUACUCAUCCGCCAUAUCGAGGUUCUGACAGCAGACCGGAUGGUCACUGCCAUGACUGAUAUCGCAAACGAAGCCAGGGUCAUCAUUGCAACCACUACCGAUGCCGAGCAGAUCCCGGAAGGCAUUCGCAGCAUGUUCACCCACGAGUUUGAGAUGGGAGCGCCUGAAGAAAAGGAACGUGAGGGCAUUCUUCGAAACGUGGUGGCUGAACGCGGCAUCAAAUUGUCUUCCGAUGUUGAAUUGGGAACUGUUGCUUUGAAGACAGCAGCACUUGUAGCUGGAGAUUUGGUUGAUGUCGUUGAACGAGCUGCCGCGGCUAGAACUGCCCGUCUUGAAGGUCUUGCAGAGACUGCAAGCAAACAACUUCCCGGUUCACAAGUUUCUGUUCGGGACGUGUUACUUUCUGGGGGCGAUGGAGCCCGAGGCGUCACCAAGGCCGACUUCGACGCUGCAGUUGAGGCUGCUCGGAAGAACUUUGCUGACUCGAUUGGAGCGCCCAAGAUCCCCAACGUCAGCUGGGAUGACGUUGGUGGACUGAGCAAUGUGAAGGAUGCCUUGGUUGAAACUAUCCAGCUGCCACUUGAGCGGCCUGAGUUGUUUGCCAAGGGCAUGAAAAAGCGGAGUGGUAUUCUGUUCUACGGACCUCCUGGUACUGGCAAGACCCUGCUGGCCAAGGCUAUUGCCACAGAAUUCUCCCUCAACUUCUUCUCCGUCAAGGGUCCGGAGUUGCUCAACAUGUACAUUGGUGAAUCUGAAGCCAACGUCCGCCGCGUUUUUCAGCGUGCCAGGGAUGCCCGUCCCUGUGUCGUGUUCUUCGAUGAGUUGGAUUCAGUUGCACCUAAGCGUGGCAAUCAAGGCGACAGUGGCGGUGUCAUGGAUCGUAUUGUGAGCCAGUUGCUCGCAGAGUUGGAUGGAAUGAACGGCGGUGAGGAGAAUAGUGGUGGAGUUUUCGUUAUCGGAGCAACCAACCGACCUGAUCUGCUCGAUACUGCUCUUCUUCGACCUGGUCGAUUUGAUAAGAUGCUUUACCUGGGUGUGUCAGAUACACACAGGAAGCAAGCCACAAUUCUUGAGGCACUUACCAGAAAGUUUUCUCUCAAUCCUGAUGUGUCAUUAGACCGAGUUGCGGAGCAGCUUCCUCUGACGUACACUGGUGCCGAUUUGUAUGCUCUUUGCUCAGAUGCCAUGCUAAAGGCUAUCACAAGGAAGUCCACCGCUGUAGAUGAGAAGAUCAAGCAACUCCCUGGUGGGCCAGUCACCACAGCGUACUUCUUUGAUCAUCUUGCGACCCCGGAGGAUGUGAGUGUCAACGUAACGGAGGCAGAUUUCGUGGCGGCGCAAGGGGAGCUUGUCCCUUCUGUUAGUGCCAAGGAACUUGAACAUUUUGAGCGGAUUCGUCAAACCUUCGAGUCCGUCGACAAGCAAAAGCAGGACCCGGCAGCAGCUGCCCCGCAGACCAUUGCUGAUGCCAUGGAGGCAUUCAACCUGGGAGGAUCUCAGCCGGAUGAGAUCGCGAUCAGCAAUGGAGAUGGCUCCUUUCCAGGAAGCAUUCACGGUCGCAUCAAAGGAUUGAAGCAAUGGCCGGGUGGCAUGGUUCGCAGUGCCAGUGGUCAGUCGACAACGAGCAGCAAGGGCAAAGGCAAGAGCGUUGCCGGAAAGAAGGGCAAGGGUCCAAGUGGCGCCGAGUCAGAUGCCUCGAUUGAGGAUGAGGAUAUGCAGGAUGGUGUGGUAAACGAUGACGAGGAUUAUAUUGUUCGAACUGACCAUCUUGCAAACCCAAUGGAGGAAGUGGAGUAA